AUGCACCGCCGCCCGGCCAAGUCGCCCGGGACCUCAGUGCUCGCUCGCCCCACUCGCUUUCCGCGCGUGCCCGCCUCCGCUCGCAACUGCCUGUGGUGCGCGCUCGCCCGCGCCCGCGGCCACGCCCCCCGCUGCUGCAGCUGCUUCUACUGCUGCACUGCCGAGCCUCGCCCCGCACCCCCGCGCUCGCCGUACGCCGCCUGCGGCCCGGUCGUUGUUGCUAGCUCUGCCGCUAGCCCCAUGCACGUGGUCGCCUGGCCUUGCGGUUGCUCUGCUCCGCCGUGGCCACCCCGCAUCUCUGCCCCGCCGCUACACGCGCCCGCGGCCCCCCGACCUCCACCUGCGCUCUGCCUCGGCCACACCCGCGCCGGCCACGCGCGUGGCGGCCCUCACACCGGCCCUCUCCCCUCUCGAGCUCGACGGCCCCACCACCCGCUUCGGCAGCCGAUGGCCCGCUGCGGUGCCCCUCCCCGCUGCUACCCUGCUGCAGCUCAUGCUCUGCACCACCCGCUGUUGCUCCCAUGCGCGCAUGCCAGAGUCCUCGCUGCACCGCCGCCGACCCCCGCGCCGUCCGUCACCCACCGACCACCGCAAACCCCCUGCCCUUCGCCGUGCGCUGCUCGCCGCGGCGCCCGACCACAGGUCCUGCACGCCUCUGCGCGAGAUCAGGCUGCGCCCGCCCGCCCGCUAAGGCCACUGUGCCAAUGA